AUUCCUCAGACCCUAAACUUCAACUUUGUCUCGACAAACAAUUGAUUUGUUAGCUUCACCUCAAUGGAGCAAGGCCUCGAGGGCAGGCUCUCAGCAGCGCUUUUCCUCACCUUGAUAAUCGUGUUUAGUACUACUACUACUGUUGUCCGAGCCCAAAUUAGCACACCAUGCACGGCCUCAAUGAUCACCAGCUUCACACCUUGCUUCAACUUCAUCACUGGAAGCAGUGGCAACAGCAACUCCCCCACCGAGGACUGCUGCGACUCCUUCAGGUCACUGAUGCGAACAAGCGUUGAAUGCACCUGCCUCGUCAUCACUGCCAACGUCCCCAUCCCUCUCCCAAUUAAUCGGACUUUGGCCAUCUCCCUCCCCCGUGCCUGUAACAACGGUGGGGUCCCAAUGCAGUGCAAAGCUUCUGGAUCUCCCUUGCCUCCUCCAGGUCCAGUCUUAUUCGCUCCACCUCCUCCAUCGUUAGCAGCUCCUUCUCCACAUAUAGUUGCCACUUCUCCAGACAUUGCCCCCUCCCCUCUCAGCCCUCAAGCUUCAAAAGCAGCAGCAGCAGCAGCAGCAGCACCUCCAGUACUGGCACCAGCACCGGAAUUAGCAUUUCCGCCGGAAUAUGAUAAUCCAGCUGAUACUACACCAGCAGAUGCACCACUAGAGCCAAACGUAGGGAACACAUCGGGGACUCCUGGAAUCCGACCCGUGCUGAACCCAACUUCCUCUAACUCGAACCCUUCUUUCAUUUCCGCACCAUGGUCACUCCUACUAACAUUAUUCGGGAUUUUUACAGUGUAUAAAUUCCACUGAGUAUGAUCAUCCCAAGUUGUCGUCUAUUAUGCUCGUGAAAUCAUUCUAUGUGUCUUCGUUUACAUUAUUAUUUCAUAAUUAAUUUCUCUUUACGAGGACGAUAUAGUGAUAGAUAGCGCUCUUCUAGUUUCCUUUAUUAAGUGAAAAUAUCGUAUGUCUCUGGUACAUAUGAUGAUCCUACUUAAUACAUCAGACCAUACUAAUUAAAAUG